AUGGAUCCUCGAGCUCGUUUGCUGCUGCUCCUUCUCUACGGCUUUGUCCUUUGCACCGGGGCCACCAUUGCAGAGCUCAGCUAUUCUAUUCCGGAGGAGAUGAGACCCGGAUCCAUUGUUGGGAAUAUCGCCAAGGACCUCGCAAUUGAAGGACGGUCCUUGAUCUCUCGUAAGGCCCGCAUUGAUACUGUUAAUGAGGAUGUGCGUUACUGCGACAUUGACAUCAAAACGGGGAAUUUUAUGAUCCGGGAGAGGAUUGACAGAGAGGAGCUGUGUGGAGAGACUGUGACAUGUGCACUUAAAUACGAAUUGGUUUUAGAAAGCCCGCUGGAGCUGCAUCGCAUUACGGUUCUUGUCCAGGAUGUAAAUGACAAUUCACCUGUCUUUCCAAAGGAUCAUAUAAAGCUGGAAAUACGUGAAUCAGCCGACAAAGGAACUCGAUAUCGCAUUAAUGAAGCAGAUGACGCAGACAUUGGUCAAAAUGCUGUUAAACAAUAUUUCUUACAAAACAAUCCUCAUUUUGUUUUAUCCGUUCGAGAAAACUCGGAUGGAUCAAAGAGUCUUGAAUUGGUGUUAGAUAAAGAGCUUGAUCGUGAAACAGAAAAUGAUUUAAGUGUGGUUCUCACUGCCAGUGAUGGUGGCACUCCACAAAGAUCCGGAACGGUCCUCGUGCACGUCACAGUGCUGGAUGCAAAUGAUAACGCUCCAGUGUUUGGUCACGAAAUUUACAAGGCUAGUCUUCCUGAAAACUCAGCACUUGGAACUGUUGUUAUUAGAGUGAGUGCAAUAGAUGCAGACGAUGGCAUUAAUGGUGAAGUUACAUAUGAUUUUAGUCGUAUUGCAGAAAAAGCUAAAAAAGUGUUCUCAAUUGAUAAUAAAACCGGCGAGAUUGUAGUAAUAGGGUCACUUGAUUUUGAAAGUAAUUUCAAAUAUGAAAUGCGGGUAGAUGCUAAAGAUGGUUAUGGGCUUUCAUCACAUUGUAAAGUAGUGAUCGACAUUUCUGAUGUAAAUGACAACUCGCCUGUAAUUAAUAUUAAGUCACUGUCUAAUGCAGUCGCAGAGAAUGUGCCACCAGGUACUGAGGUAGGCAUCAUUAACGUGCAGGAUCGAGACUCUGAACAAAAUGGACAAAUUCAUUGCUCCAUUCAACAAAAAGUCCCCUUUAAGUUAGUUCCUUCUAUUCCAAACUAUUAUUCUCUAACGACUACUGGAAAACUGGAUCGUGAACUUGUGUCUGAUUACAACAUUACAAUCAGCGCCACUGAUGAGGGCUCUCCUCCUCUGUCCUCCUCUAAAACCGUUCACUUGUCCAUAGCAGACAUAAACGACAACCCACCUGUGUUUGAGGAAAAGUCCUACAGUGCAUAUGUGACUGAAAACAACAAGGCUGGCUUAACUUUAUGUUCUGUUAGUGCCCGAGACCCGGACUGGCGACAGAAUGGUAGUGUAAUUUAUUCUCUAUUAGCCACUGAAGUAAAUGGUUCCCCAGUGUCCUCCUUUGUGUCUAUUAACGGAGACACAGGAAUAAUCCAUGCCGUCAGGUCGUUUGAUUACGAAAACAUGAGGAGCUUCAAAGUCCACGUUAUAGCCAGGGACAAUGGUUCUCCUCCAUUGAGCAGCAACAUUAGCGUCAGUGUGUUUGUCUCAGAUGUAAACGACAACUCUCCCCAGAUACUGUACCCCGCCCCGGAGGGCAACUCCUUCAUGACUGAGCUGGUCCCCAAAGCUGCACAUGGAGGCUCUGUGGUAUCCAAAGUGAUAGCGGUGGAUGCCGACUCCGGACAGAACGCCUGGCUUUCUUAUCAUAUAGUAAAGUCCACAGAUCAAGGACUUUUCACCAUUGGUCUCCACAGCGGAGAAAUCCAGACCCAGCGGGACAUUUUGGAAUCUGACAGCAUGAAACAGAACCUGAUUGUGGCAGUCACAGAUAACGGGCAGCCCCCUCGCUCUGCCACCUGCUCCAUGUAUUUGAUCCUUUCCGAUAACUUGGCUGAGAUGCCAGAACUAAAAGAUAUUUCUUAUGAGCAGAAGAAUUCCAAACUGACAUCUUAUCUGAUUAUCGCUCUAGUGUCUGUGUCCACCUUCUUUCUGACAUUCAUCAUCAUCGUCCUGGGUGUGAGGUUUUGUCGUAGGAGAAAGCCCAGACUGUUGUUUGAUGGAGCAGUUGCCAUCCCCAGUACAUAUCUCCCUCCUAAUUACUCAGACGUUGAAGGCACGGGAACUUUACGCAGCACCUAUAACUAUGAUGCCUACUUGACAACUGGUUCCAGAACAAGUGAUUUUAAGUUUGUAUCCUCUUACAAUGAAAACACACUUCCUGCGGAGCAGACCCUGAGGAACAGUCAGAGUGACUUCAUUGAUGAGUUUCAGGAUUCUUUCGACCCAUUGGAGGUAGGCAGUUUUCUUCAUGUUAAAGCCUCUUAUUGA